GGCGGACGCGCGCGCCUCUCGCGGUUAGUGGCGGAACUUUACUUUUUCUUCUUUUUUUAAAUUCAGUGCAUUGGUCUCUGUGCUUUGGUGGUCGGGGUGGAUUUUUUUGUAACAAUACUUUUUAGAGAUGUACCACCACACAAGAUGACAUAUGUAUUCGUAAGUUCACACUCCUCGAUGAGUUGUCCAGCGAGAAACUCAAUUCAGUACAUCACCGACCUAGUUAUGUGACGGAUGACUGAGGUUACUACAGACUGUGCAGUGAUAGUGCUUUAGAGUUUGUUUUACGAUGCAUUUGUCGAGUGAAGUGAGUUCGACUACCAAUGGACUGGGGCACGAGGCGCCGUCGUCGAGUUACGGCAGUGGUUUGCCUAGUCAGCCUCUGACUGCUGAACUUUUGGCCGAAAGAACGCUGGAAGGCCUUCUAGCUGAUCACCCCGGGGAGUUGGUUAAAACGGGAUGUCCACAUGUGGUUUGCACAGUUUUACCGCCGCACUGGCGGUCGAAUAAAACCCUACCCGUCGCCUUCAAAGUGGUGGCGUUAGGGGACGUCGGUGACGGGACCUUGGUCACCGUACGGGCGGGCAACGACGAGAACUGCUCUGCGGAGCUCAGGAACUGCACCGCCGUCAUGAAGAACCAGGUGGCCAAGUUCAACGACCUGAGGUUCGUCGGGAGGAGCGGGAGGGGCAAGUCGUUCACGCUCACAAUAAUGCUGGCGACAUCGCCGCCGCAAGUGGCGACGUACCAGAAGGCGAUAAAGGUGACGGUGGACGGGCCGCGCGAGCCGCGCUCCAAGACCAGGCACCACGGCUUCCAUCCGUUCCAUUUCGGCCCGAGAUUCGCGCCUGACCCGCUCAUGGGCACGCUGCCUUUCAAACUUUCAGGCAUAGCGCACCAGCUAGCAGGACUUCCUGGCAGCGAGUGGGGGGCACUGGCGAGACAUUACCCGCCACCAUUGCUGCCCUCUCACGCACACUUCACUCCACACGUGUUGCCACCAGCUCAUGCUCAGCCACCUGUACCACCGCCGCCACAUGAAACAGAUGUAACAUCGGAGACUCCGACGACGAUGCACGCCCACAGCACCACCAGCCCGGCUACCUCCCGUCCUGGCUCGCCGCAGGACGAUGACAUAUCCGUCACUGCGUCCAGCAGCCCUCCUCCCGACGACCGCCCCGGAGCAUUCACGUCCGUCGCGAAACCAAGGAAGCCCUUACAACCACUCCCACCACCGUCCAGUCUGUUCCAUAGCGCUUUAGCAGCGCAACUAUUUCUCAACUCUCCCCUUUUACCCACCCCACCCGCCUGGUUGUAUUCACAGCUAUACGGAGGUUACGAUUGGUGGUUGAGGCCUCCGCCGCCGCAAGAAGACUCUAGUUCUAGUCCGGACAGAGAAGAAGAAGGUUCUACACCUUCAGGCGCUGGCAAAAAGCGGUCAGCUUCACCAGAAUGGACUGACCAAGGAGUCAGAACUCGCAGCAAAUCGCUGAUCACGUCGGAGAGGCGACCAGUUGACGUGUGGCGCCCGUACUAAUUAAAACUUUUCGCGAUACGAAAGUCAGUUAAAAGUUAAUUGUGUACUGUGUUCGGAUUAUUGGUGUUCCGGGUAUGUGACAUUUAUUGUGAAAUGGAUUUUAGAGAUACGUCGCUCGGUGCGCACGGUGAUGUUGGCUGACGUUCUUUGUAAAUUAUAAAGGUACCAAGGUAUUUCUUUACAAGUAAACUCUAUGGAUGUAAAUGUAGCCUAGUGGAUUGGAAAGUGGCGUGAAAAUGUGCAAUAUUGUAUUAACUCGACAUUUGGACUUCGUGCCAUGUAGACUGGAAAUAAAUCGGAUACGAAUUUAAGUUAGUUAUAAAUGUCGAUAGCUGUUUUUACGUUAGAUAAAUGAAUGUGAACUUCAAAUGGUAAUGUUUAAAGAAAUUGUUG